AUGGCUAAAGCCGCUAAGGUAUCCCUUGACGAUAUUAAGUAUACCGCCGAAGCAGGAUAUAUCGAUAGCUUCAAAGUUAUUCGAGACAAGAAUAAAGACAACGGCGACGAUACUGGCGAAGAUAACGAAUCUAUAGAACUGAGCAGCUCCGACGAGGAAGAUCGUGACAGUGGCGAAGAGGACGAAGAUAUAGAACUGAGUAGCUCCGACGAGGAAGACGAUAUCGACGAUAUAGAUAACUCCGAGGAUAGUGUUUGCGUUACCAUAAAGACGAAGAGAGUCUCGGUCACCCGAAGCAAGAAAACCCUAGCGGCAAUAAAGCAGGCUCGUCUAGUCACCAAGAAGUCGUCUACCAAAGAACGCAAGCGUCGUGGGGAUGAUACUGACAACGACACCAACAGCGAUAUCAAUAAACGACGCAAGGUAACUGGCAACUACCGUGGCAGCAGGACUAAGGGCAGAGUCUUCAAGGCCGGCAAACUCUCCAAGAGCAAGUGA